AUUUUCCAGAGCUUAAUGAAUUGAAGAAGGAUCUAACAAAAAGUGAAUAUGGUCUUGAUCGUCUUCGUCUUCGUAUCAAAAUAUAAUCAGUAUUAGAUCUUCAACAACAUGAAGGAGGAUGCUGAUGCUCCUACUACUCGUCACCUCAAACCAGACGAGGUGGAAGCAGUUCCCUGGACGAACGAUGAGCCUUGCUGCGAGGAUAUUGCUUCGCGACUCCUAGAAACCGGAACACCACUCGAAAAACGACUCGCGGAAGCUUGGCGUCAAAAGUGUCCGGAUAUAAGGACGGUGGAAGACAUACCGCACCGCAUGCGCCAAUGUGGGUCAAAGCACGUUUUGCAUUUCAGUCCUGGACGAGCAGCAAAACGGGUUAUGGGAAAGCCGAUCACCGACGCUUUCGUUCCUAGAGCACCAAACGGCUUUGACUUUUCAAAAGUUGGGUCGAGUGAAGUCUUGUUGGCUGGGAGAGAAGUGUUUGAGGAAGUAGUGAAAGCUGGUGAAGAUGACAACUACGACAUCACGGAGGACACCAAGAACCCCACAGGAGUUCGAGUUCUCCUCAACUUGCACCCUAUCGCGCCUCUACAUGUGCUACUCCUGCCGCCGGGUCUAGAAGAACAGUUUUUGUCUGAGUCAGGGAUACGAGUUGGACUGAGGUUUGCUUCAAGGUGCAAGUCAAUGCGUCUGACAUUCAAUGGCAUGGGUGCUGGCGCGAGUGUGAACCAUCUGCACUGGCAGGCUACGGUGUUUCCUGAGAGUGUCGGGAUUGACUCUUGCCAGAGGGUCUUGUGGAGGAGCCGAAAAGUGCUUGGGAACAGAAACUCACCAACUACGAGUUGUCCAUCAUCAAGAAGAGAAAUUUCAGAUUCUGGAGGUGCAGUAGUUUCUAUCUACCGAAUCCCGGAUUGGCCACUGAAGUCGAUGUGUGAAGUACGCUGGGAACAAGAGGAGCCAGUAGAUGCUUUUGAAGAGGGAAAUGGUGGAAGUGGACAAGAACAUCUACUUAUUAUAGAAGAUGCUUUAACAGCCACUUUACUUCCAAUGGUCCAACGAAUGCAGAAGGAAAACGUCACUCACAACCUGUCGAUUUAUCCUUAAGGCAAUGGCUAAAGCUAAACUAGUGCCCUGUCUACUAGAACAAAUUCUGCAACAUGUGGACGAAUUGUGAUCGAUAAUAUUUGGGAACACGACUCCACCACAGCUUGAAUUGGAAUCGGUGGAUCUAUCAUCACAUCAAUCAGAUUCCCAAAAAAGAAUAUAUCCCUUCUAGCUCUAAUCCCUCGGGGGCCGAAGAAUAACCGUAGCCGCGCGACACUUCUUCUGUCCUCAGAGUGAAAACCCAUCGGCAAUGGCAGGAGCUGCUUUGGAAACUUUAGGGCAUUGGAUAAUUCCAUCCCUAGAAGACUACGAGUCCAGUACGGAGGAGAGCCUUGGAGCUUUGUGGAGUUCUUUGUCUAUUCCGGAAGAGGAGAGGAUUGAAAGAUUCUUUUUGGGGGAGGAUGGAUAAUGGGGUUGGAAUCAUAACCCCCGUCAGCCCGACUCCGUCUAUGACCAUCACUAUUUAGAUACCUAGGUUAGUACGUAAACAUAAUGCCGAAAGCGAAGAUGCUGAAUUUGCCAUGAACAUGGUUGUCCUCAUGGAUUUGGACAACAUGUACAUGUAGUUAGUAGUAAAAAACCUUUUGCAAGAGCAUGCAACACAUCAUACCACUACCAGAAAGAGACCUGAUCUACACGCUCCUUGAUGGACCACGGUGGGUACACCACCGUACACAUUCGAUGAGAAAAGAUGUUGAUAUUGUUGAUACAAAGGCAAACUGCGACUACACAAGAACAAGGUAAAAAUUGUUCUUCUGAUAUUCAUCUUCAUUUCUCAUCGACAACGCAAGAACAAACGAAGAAUCAGCAGGCCAGCUACCAUCAGCCCUGGUCAUUCUACUAAGGCUCGACCACCGUCGGUUUCAUCCCCAAAUGACGCCGUUUUCAUCUCAUCUACCUCAAGGCUCCGCUUGAAAUCAUGGACCGCCUACCCCAUGAACGAUGAAGCGUCGGAGCAGCAAGCC